UGAUUGCUCCUUCAGGUCUUUGAAUUGCUGUGACUAACAGCCACUAGGUGUCAUGUUCUGCUAGGUUGCUUCAACAAGCUGCUGGAGAGAGCCCAGAGUAUAAUCCUUUCUCUGUAUAAUGGUUGAAAGUGGUCAUGAUGCUAAUUACCUGUGCAAGUUACCUGAAAAUUUUGCUGAAGUGUUACAUCUUUCCCAAAGAUGCAGAUCUCAUGUUUCUGAGAGGUAUCUUGCAGAAAACCUUCAACCCUGGUGCCCGCACCGAAGCGUGACUGAAACCUCCAAGGAGGAGGAUGGUCCAGGGCAGACGGACGCUGACCUUGGGUUUUGGAGCGGGGGCAAGACUGUCUUGCGUGAUACUUGUGCUACUCACAGCAGUGAACUGUUACAGUGUGAAAGCUGCUACUCGUGUUCAGGAUGCCUUUGCUGCGGCAAAACUGCUGGCGCUGGCUCUGAUCAUCAUUCUUGGCUUCGUUCAGCUUGCAAAGGGUGACGUGACAAACCUGACUCCUGAACAUUCCUUUGAAGGUACAAAAGUCGAUGUGGGGAGCAUUGUGUUAGCCUUGUACAGCGGUCUCUUUGCCUAUGGAGGAUGGAAUUACUUGAAUUUUGUCACAGAAGAGAUGAUAAAUCCCUACAGAAACCUGCCUCUGGCUAUCAUCAUCUCACUACCUGUAGUCACUUUGGUUUAUGUGUUGACAAACUUAGCUUACUUCACAACCCUGUCGACAGAGCAGAUGCUGACGUCCGAAGCUGUGGCUGUGGAUUUUGGCAACUAUCACCUCGGUGUCAUGUCCUGGAUCAUCCCUGUCUUUGUUGGCUUAUCGUGCUUUGGAUCUGUUAAUGGAUCUCUCUUCACUUCUUCCCGACUGUUCUUUGUGGGAUCCCGAGAAGGACACCUGCCUUCAAUCCUGUCUAUGAUUCACCCUCGGCUUCUCACUCCAGUGCCAUCCCUCAUCUUCACGUGUGUCAUGACCCUGCUGUAUGCAUUCUCCAACAACAUUUUCUCAGUCAUCAACUUCUUCAGCUUCUUCAACUGGCUGUGCGUGGCUCUGGCCAUCAUUGGCAUGAUGUGGCUGCGUUACAAGAAGCCAGAGUUGGAAAGGCCCAUCAAGGUGAAUAUCUGCCUGCCCAUUUUCUUCAUCCUGGCCUGCUUGUUUCUCAUCGCUGUUUCCUUCUGGAUGACGCCGAAGGAAUGUGCUAUUGGUUUUGCAAUCAUCUUCAGUGGGAUCCCCGUUUACCUCUUUGGGGUCUGGUGGCAAAACAAGCCCAAGUGGAUUCUCCAAGGCAUCUUCUCCACAACAGUCCUGUGCCAGAAACUGAUGGAGGUGGUUCCACAAGAAUCAUAAGCGGGAAAAGCAGAGACGUUCAGCUUGAGGAAACGCACAAUAUUAUUUUAAGACGACACAAGAAGAAAAUGCUUCUGAUCCCUCAUGAAAUGAAACCUAGGCGCUGGAGCACCCCGUCAGAGCUGCUUCACGUCUGACGCUGUGCCACCUGCUCUGCCUUGCCUCUUCCAGCUCUCCUGUCACCACCUUUUAGCCUGGCAAAUGAGCAACCCUGUGAUGAAAAGUUGUUGGUACAAACAUGGGCCAGGAAAGGAAUUCCAACUUCAAAAGGAUCCAGUGUGUCUGGCAGCAGGGAGUCCCAUGAGCCUGUGUGUGCGUGAUGUCGAGAGCUGUACUUCAGUUCUGUGUAGGCUUACUCGUUUUGUUUUGUAAAACUAAAGUUAGCAACGAGCUGCAUAUCCUCAAGGCUAUGGUGGAACUGCUCACAGACACGAUUUUAGUGAUGUCAGCCAAGCGAAUGGCCAGCCUCAGGGGCUGGGAUUGUGCACCGUAACGUGGCUGCAGGGCGGUCCUGCGUAGGACCCGUCUGACUUACCUGGCCAAGGGAGGUGUUUGAAAAGCAAAGAUGGUUAAAGUGCUUUGGCUGACGUUAGCUCACAGACGCGCGUGCGCACACACACAUACACACACACACACACGCACUCG